GCUUCUUUCAUUCUCUCUCAUGGAGGCAAAUCUUGUUGUACCCUACCAGAGCUUUUCAACAGUAUCUAUGAGAAACAGAAAAAUCAAUACUUAUUAUAAGUACAAGAAAAUAUCAUAUCUACCAUCAUGGUCCAUAUGCUGCGUGUUAGCAAAGCCUCCUGCAAGUAAUCAAAGUCAUAGUAAUUACAAUGUUUAUAAAGAUAAUUGGUUUGAUCAUCUCGCCAUUAACCAUCUCUCUCAAAGUAUACAAGCUACCACAGGAUUAAGAAACAAUAAGAGUGGUUACGAAGGCUUCGUAGAGGCUGCAAGGUUGGUGUAUAUGAAUUUUAAUUCGACACAUCAAGUAAAUCUUGUUGCUGAAGCUCUUCAAAGGGCAUUCCCUAAGCCUAUUCUUUCCCUGCUGAAGAUGCUACUACCACAAUCUAAGUGGGCGAGAGAGUAUUGUGCUGCUUUCACCACAGUGUUCUUUGCUUGGCUAGUGGGACCUUGCGAGGUGAAAGAGUCAGAGUUUAACGGGAGAAUGGAAAACAAUGUGGUCCACAUAAAAAAAUGCAGGUUUCUGGAGGAAACCAAUUGUGUGGGAAUGUGCACUAACCUCUGCAAGAUGCCUUCUCAAUUAUUCAUCAAAGAUACAUUAGGAAUGCCAGUGAACAUGGUACCAAACUUUGAUGAUAUGAGCUGUGAAAUGAUAUUUGGAGAGGAUCCUCCUCCACCAGAUACAGAUCCAGCAUUUAUGCAGCCUUGCUUCAAACUAUGCAAAUUAAACAAUAAACACCAAACUGAUUGCAACAGCCAAAUGAAGAAGAAAGAUGUGGAGAUUUCAUAAUGCCUCGUGAUCAUAAUUCAUAUAUAUAUCCUUUCAAUUUAUUUUGAUUUGAUUGCUGCUAUACUUUAACAUUAUGAGCGUGUCAAAGCAUUGGUAAAUGGAAGAGGUGUAAAUUCACAGGAACAGAUAGCAUAAAUCUGAUGCAGAAGAAUGUUAACAGAAAUUUUCUGGAUAUUGUUUGAAUUUAUUCAGUUACUGGUACAACAUAUGGAUUU